CGCCCCCGCCCGUGUCCGCGGCCGCCCUGCCAUCCAGGCCGCCCUCUCCGACUCCCUGCUCGGGACCGCGGCCGCCGCGACCCUGUGCUCGGGCCUGUCCGCGCCGGAGCCGCCCGGGACAGCGUAGCGCCCGCGUGCCGACAUGGGAAAGUCUCUUUCUCAUUUGCCUUUGCAUCCAAGUAAAGAAGAUGCUUAUGUUGGAGUCACAUCAACUGAAAAUAUGAGAACGGGAUUGGUUAAUGGUGAAGUCCACAAUGAAGACGGAAGAAAUGGAGAUGUCUCUCAGUUUCCGUAUGUGGAAUUUACAGGAAGGGAUAGUGUCACAUGCCCCACUUGUCAAGGAACAGGAAGAAUUCCUAGGGGACAAGAAAACCAACUGGUAGCAUUGAUUCCAUAUAGUGAUCAGAGAUUAAGGCCAAGAAGAACAAAGCUGUAUGUGAUGGCAUCAGUGUUUUUCUGUCUGCUCCUUUCUGGAUUGGCUGUGUUUUUCCUUUUCCCUCGAUCUAUUGAUGUGAAAUACAUUGGUGUAAAAUCAGCAUAUGUCAGUUAUGAUGAACAAAAGAGAACAAUAUAUUUAAAUAUCACAAAUACAUUAAAUAUAACAAAUAAUAACUACUAUUCUGUUGAAGUUGAAAACAUCACUGCUCAAGUUCAGUUUUCAAAAACAGUUAUUGGAAAGGCACGUUUAAACAACUUAACUAACAUUGGUCCACUCGAUAUGAAGCAGAUUGAUUAUACAGUACCUACUAUAAUAGCAGAGGAGAUGAGUUAUAUGUUUGAUUUUUGUACACUGAAAUCCAUCAAAGUACACAACAUAGUACUCAUGAUGCAAGUAACUGUGACAACAACAUACUUUGGCCACUCUGAACAGAUAUCCCAGGAGAGGUACCAGUAUGUAGACUGUGGAAGAAACACAACUUACCAAUUGGGGCAAUCUGAAUAUCUAAAUGUCCUUCAGCCACAGCAGUAGAAAUGGAAGGAGAUGCAACUAAAGGAGAUGAAAUACCUAUAAAUAUUGUCUGACUCUCAAGGAGGUAUUCUCUAGUAGAAAAUCUUAAAUUGAACAAAGGUAAAAGUUUACACUCAUAAUUUAACAGUUUGAUUAAAAGUUUGUGGACUUGAAAUUAUUGUAAUUUUCCAUUCUGUGUUAAUAAUAUAUUUGUACCAGGAUCUUUUACUUGAAUAUAAAUUUACCAAUUGGUUUCCUUCUCCCCUUCACAUCCCAGAGGGAAAAACUGAGAACUUCCCCUAUAGUAUAAUAAAUAAUUAUUUGAAAAAUAUAGCUUCAAUCGGUAACUCAACUGACAACUGCAGUGACAGCAAUGUUCUGAUUACUUAUUUAUGAAUGUUUUUGUAGAAAAUUACUGAAAGCCUAUUCAUCAGAGACUUUUGAAAAGUAACCGUUUUUGUGUGUUUUAUAAACGCCUACAAUUAGUUACAUGGUAGUACUAUAUUUCAACUACAUAAUAUUUUAGCUUUUAGCCAAGUAUUUUUAGCCUUUAAUUUGUUGGAAUUCUCAUUUGCAUGUGUUUAUCUUAUUCCAAGCUGUUAAGUGCAUAAUACUUACCAACCAGAAUAAUAGUCACAAAGUUCUGUAUGUGAAAAUUUUUAAAAGCUCUAAAUACUGUUUUUCAUGUGUAUUUCCAUAAUACUUAUAAUUUUGUGACAUUUUUGUGUGAUCUUCAAGCAUAAUCCUUUAAUGUACAAUGCUGUAAAUAAACUCUGCAUGGCUUUUAUACAGCUUUGAUAAAUGUCAAAAUGGAACAGAUUCCAAAUUAAAGCAAGUAGCUCAUAAAUAUAAAUAAAGGAAAAUGAAAUUUAAAAACUGAUUGUGAAUAGGUAUUGUUUUAUGCUGGACCUGGCAUAAAAUAGACUGGAAAUGAAAUAUUUUUUAUGCUUCACUUUUUUCAUGUUGCUUUCAUAUUAAAAAUUGAUUUAGACAUUUUUCACAACUGGUAGGUAUUUAAUCAUCAAUUUUAUGAAUAUUUUUGAGGAGAAAGUUAUUUCUUUAAUAUAAAUUAUUCAAAAAGUCCCACCAUUAAAUAAUGGUGAUUAUAUUUUAAAGAAAACCUGUGUUAUGCCUUUAAAAUUUUAAUCGUAUUGUGUAUUCACAUGACUGUGAUGCUUGUAGCAGUUAAAUUUUUAAAUAUUUCUACUUUUGGUUUUAUUUAAAAUUAUUUUCAAGUAUAGGUUACUGACAUACUCUGUAUGCUGUUUAAUAUUUUCAGUAUUGUUUUUCAGUUGAUCUUUUUGCCUUUUCAGUCCCUAAAUUCUAAAAUCCUUUUAAAUGCAUACUACUAAGCGUAGGAGCUGAGUAUGAUACCAAAAGAAAAAAAAGUGAGUUGAGGUCAGUUUCUUUCUGUUUCCCCAUGACAGAAAUCAGGUCUCACGUUCUUCACCCCUAAGUGCCUAACCUACUUUCUCAUUUGUAAAACAUAAAUUUUAAAGGUUUCAUUAUGAUCUUUAAACACUCAGCUAUCCAAUUAGUUUUCGUAUCAUUUUUCCCAAGUUUUCCUGAGUGAAAAUUAUAAUUGGAAUGUGCUUUAUAAAAAUUGCUUAAUCUUUCCUUAACCCAAAGCUAAUUUAGCCAUCCCUACCACUAAAUCCAUAUCACUCCUUUAAAUUCAUUAGAACAUGCUAAUCAAGCCCAGUAUUUAUUUCCAGUUUUCUUCAGCCACAUUUGCUGGUUACUCCCAUUCUUCUUGCAGCUGUAUGCUUCUUGAUACGUAUUGAUUACUUUUUAUUUUUCAAAUAGUUCUCACUUAAUUUUCCUUCAUUUCAAUAUGACUUAUGCAUAUGAAUGAUUUAUAUCCCCCUUUUUCUCAAAAUUUCUAAUCCUGUUUAAAAACAUUUUUUAAAAUUUAAAAUUUUAAAAUUGUAAUUAGUACCUGUUUAUAACACAUAAUUACCUUCAUCAUAGGAAGUUAGCACAUAUACACCACACACUCCUGAUUGUUUUUGCUGACUUUUACUCUAGUCUCCAUCCAUCUCUUAGUUCUAUUCCCAUUUGCAAAACAUAUAUCCCAUUUCCUGCCAUCCUUUAUUUCAGUCUUUAAAUUAAAUAUACCUAGAAUUCCUAUGACUUUAAAAAUCACCAAUGUCUAAAUUAGAGCUUCCAAAUCUGUUUCUCUGUACCUGACCUUUAAGCCAUGUAGUUGCACAUUUAUAAAGUAGAGAUAUAGUUUUUCAGUAUUACUCUAUGUGAAAAGCCAGAAAUGUUAAAAGAAUUUUAUUGUUUGGUUUUCACCGUGUCUUCAUGUCUCACUAACAUCAAAAUAGCCAUUCAUUUCUUUAAAAUUAUCCUUUAGGUAAGCCUUAUAUGAUAAUCAAUACUUAUUAUCCUGCUUUGUGUAUUUUGACCUUGGAAAAUUACAUAGUGUAAAUUAAAAAGAUUUUUCUGAUGAAUUGUAGCCCUCUUGUCCUUUUAAGAGUACAUGCGUAGUACCUCUUGAAAAAGCAGGAAUCAACAUUUGUUUUUAGUGAUACAACUUUGAUUUUUCUCUUUAUCACUCUUUAAAUUGAAAACUCUUUGUUAAAUCUAGUUUCAACAAAGUUUGAGUCAGAAGAAACUAGGAUUUAAGACUAGUAAAGAGAAAUAAAGAUUGCCUGCUUUCAGAGAGAAUUAAAUACCAGAAUAAGAACAAAUAGGCCAUAAUUAAAAACAUAUUUUGGAGAAGUAAAUGUACAGUCAUCAAAAAAUCUGGAAAGAAUAUCUAAUACCAGAUCUUACCUAGGGACAGGAAUACUAUAACAUUUUUCUGAUGCUUUCAGGAAUAGUUUUGACUUUUCAUCUUAAUAGCCUGGUCCUUCUAACAAAAUUCAACACUUUAACAAGCCUCUGUGUUGGUAUUAUUAUGUAGCAAAUUGACCACUGUAGAGCUCUUUCACAUAUUUUUCUUACAUAGUUUCGCAAAGGAAGGAUUUUAGGAUACCAUCUUCUAGAAGCAAAAUGCAAGGCAUAGAGACAUUGAGGGACUUGCCUUAAGAUCAUAUAUUCGGUGAACACUUUCUUUGGGGCCCAGGACUAGUUCCUGUGUCUUUCAGAUCUGUUGUAUCACUUGAAGUGUUCUUUGGAGAGUCCUGCUGACUCAGGUUAGUGUGAUUACAACUUAAAGGAAAAGUUCACAUAGUUAAUAGUGGCAAUCAAAACAGCACCGAUGGAUUCAGAUUUUGGUAGUUUUGAGUUGCUAUCUGAAAUAUUUUAAAUAGGGAACAUGGAUUUGUAGAAUAAUUUGGAAUAUAAUCUACAGCUUAAUUUUUCAUUAAGAUUUAGUAUACUGAUUAUUUCAAUAGAAGAGAAAAUAUCAGUAAAUAUUUAUAAGCAGUAGAGAUAUUAUCUUUAAAAAUUGAAAUGAGAGCAGUAUAAAAAUACUAAAUAUUAGAUAAAUUGCUUAAAAUUAAUAUAUGAACAUCUACUAAUACUGUGGUAUACAACAUUCACAUGUUUAGUUUUAUUAGUGUGCAGUUUUUCUGUGCUUUUUUUUGGUUAAGCUAAUGAGGUAAUGUUUCUUCAAAAAAUUCACUAGAACAAAGUGUUACUUCAAAUCUUCUGAUUUGUAGUGUGGAAGUGACAGUGCAGUAUAAAAAAAAGUAGGAGAUGACUGUCAAAACAGAACAAAAGUAACAUAUUAGGAGAUUUGAAACUUUAGCCUAAUGAAUACUUUGUGGUUUUAGACUUAUUAUUUAGAACUGCAUAUUGCUGACUUUUCGCCCUUUGUUUUUAAAGUGAUUAGAAUAAACACUUCCUUUAUAUAAUGAUUGUUUCUUAUUCAAGAAAGUUCUUUCAGUUAAAUACUUGUUAAAAGCUGUUUCUAUUUUUGAAUAGUUAUGUUUUCUUUUAUAUGUAGUAUAAAAGGAAUUUCAAGUUACUAGUUUAUAAGCAAAAGUUUACUAUAAUGUCAUCAGAUAAUGAUUGUUAGCUCACAAUAUCUAGAAGCAACUACUACUAAAAAUAAUUCAUUUUAUUUCUCUUAUUCUUUUGUGGAAUGAGAUUUUAAAUAAAAAGUUUAUCUUAAACUAUUUUAUUUUAAGGAAAAAGUAUGUGUUUGAGUUGGUAAGGUAAAAAGACUCUUAAACUUUAAAAUUCCUAUUUUUACAUUAUAACAAAAUAUAUUUGUGAUCCACUUGUAUCAAAAAUUUAACUUCUACAUACCAUAUCUAAUAUUAAAGUAAAAAUUUCUGAUUAGAAAAGCCAUUUGUGUGUAUUUCUUUGUUUGUUUAGAAAACAAAUUCAUACUGGAUUUUUAAAAUUUAUCCUUAAUUUGGAUAAAGUCAAGUAAUACAAAGUUACUAUAGAGCUAAAAAUGGUACUUUCCAUUUUUCUAAAUUACUAAAGUGAUUGUGUUUGUAGUUCUUUUUUAAGCAUGUUUAGCACAGGCUUUAAACUAAAUACCAUAGUAUAGUCUUACAUUUGACCUAAAAAUCUCAUACAUUAAUUUUACAAAUAUAUGGCAAUUUUUUCAUAGCUAAAUCUAACUCUUCUUAGAAGGGCCAAUGUUGCCUUCUGUUUAAUUACAUUAAUUGAAAUGUGUUUAAGAGAAAUGUUUUCAGCAUAUUUUGUAUAUUAAAAAAAGGAUUAGUAUUGGGCUAGUGGCCCAAAAGGUAAUAUUGCUACCAUGUAGACUAUUACAGUUCAAAUUGUCCCUCCUCCCUCCAGGAUUUUUGAAACUAGAAAUCUGGGAGAUACUGUAUCAACUGUAGUUGGGUGAAUCUGAGUGCGCUAGGUACUGUUCAUCUUUUAAUUAUUGUAUGAGGUGGAACAAAUGCCAUAUUGCAGAAGAUACAGAACCUCAUUAUGUAAUAGUUAUUGUAGACAUAAGAGCAAACCAUGUCUGUGUAUUUUGUCUUAUUUUCUUUUAACACUAAAAAAGAUUUUGGAAAAUUAUUUUGAGCCAGGUAUGGUAGCACAUUCCUGUAAUUCCAGCACUUGGGAGACUGAGGCAGGAAAGUCAUGGGUUUGAAGCCAGCCUGGGCUACAUACAGAGUUCAGAGUCAUCCUGGAGUACAUAACAAGACCUUGUCCAAAAAACAAAACAAAAUAAAAAAACAAAAACAAAAAACAAAAACAAAAAAAAUGGAGUGCUCGCUAGUUGACAUAACCCACCAGUCAGAUAUUUGAAUAAUUCUACUGUUAUACUCUCACCCUCCCUAAUUGUGGAAUGUAGAAUGUGAAAAUAUAUUUGGCACUUAUGUUUUGCUUGUAUUGUGUAGUGGCCUCCAUCAUGACACAUUUAUUAAAUUCACUAACUGAGUGAUUCUGUAAUUAUAACUAUAUUGCUGUUCAUGUAAAAAAAAAUGCUUGUGAUAAUAGCAAAUAAAUAGAAGUACCCCCAAGUGCUAUUUUUUAAAUUCAGUUGUAACUGUCAGUCUUGAAUUCAUGUAUGGCAAAAUGUAAAAAAUUCAGCAUGAAAAAUAAAUUUGUAUCUCUCAA